AUGAGUGUGCUCUUGGCUUAUAUCAUGGGUAUGGCCUUGGCCAUAUGUCGAGUUCGUGGACAUGAUGAUGGCUUUUUGACGGAGCCGCCAGAUUACAUUAGAGAAUGUAAAAUAGCCGAUAAGAAUUUUGUCAACUGUUCAACACAAAGCAUACAGCAGUUAUUCGAUAAACUGAACGAUGGCAUUCCCGGUCUGAACAGCAUCAAAAGUUUCGAUCCAUUUCAUUUGAAUCGCAUUCGCAUAUCACAGGGUAACAGCAAUGCGAUCAAUUUAAAAGUCGAAUUGGCAAAUGUGAAAAUUAUUGGUUUUGGUCAUACAAAAGUAUUGGAAAGUAUCGUUUACAAAAAGGAUUUUAGCUGGAAAACCACAUUCACAUUGCCACAGAUGAAACUUCAGGGUGAUUAUAGUCUAUUUGGUCGCAUUUUGCUAAUACCCCUUAAUGGGCGUGGUCAGGUAUUUCUUGAUGCCGAGAAUAUGACAAUUACAAUGCAUACCAAGACACGUCUAUACACCAAGGGCAAUUUCACUUUUUACAAUGUCACGAAUUGUCGUGUAGACUUUAAAAUGGAUGGCCUGAAAUCGUAUUUUUCAAAUCUCUUCAAUGGCAACAAACAAUUGGAGGACAGUACUAAUAAGUUUUUCAAUGACAAUUGGCGCAUGUUGGCCGAUGCCCUUUAUUCGGUUAUAACACAAACAGUUGAGGACAUUCUCUUGGAUGUUUUAAGAAAAAUAUUUCAUUUUAUACCAGCCAAUUAUUUUGUUAGUGAUAUACCAACGCCCGAGCAACUUUAUGGCAAAACGAAAUCGAAACCAAAGUGAAGAA